GGGGCCGUUAUUCGGGUCUCGCUCCAGCAGGCAGCGCCUCUUGGAUCACCCCUCAAGGGGUCCCGAGAGCACCCGCGGACCCCAGCGCGUCGGUUCAAACUGGCGAGUGUGCGCCCCUCGGGGUCCCCCGGGUCAUUCCAAGGCUACUGGGGCGCAGAGCGGCAGAAGGGUCUCGGUCCCCAGGCACCCAGCUUCCACGUGAGCCCCAGCCUGCAGCAGCCCUUUCCCACCUCCCAUCCUUUUUGGAUCCAGCUACGCGGCGUAAAAGCCUGUGAAGUGCCUCCCGGCUCCCAAGGCAGAGUCCGACCGCAAACCCAAGUUGAGUAAGGAAUAUCGACGGGACACGCGACAGAAGUGUGACCUACACUCCCUGCCUUUUCUGUCUCUGUCUCUGUCUCUCUCUCCAUCCUAUCAAUCUAUCCGUGUAUCCAUUCUUUCAUCUCCUAUCGCUAUUAGGACUACGGUUACAAUUCCUUAAUGAGAGCUUUAUCGCGAAGGCAUAAAUUAACGCGUUUAUUUUAACCGAAAAAGCGAAGCAGGACUUUUUUCAGACAGAAAACAUCUUCGUUAGAAUCAGCUUCGCUAAUUAUGUUGAAUGGCGAACCUUUUCUACAAAUUGAAUGAGCUAACGAGAAAGUUCUAAGGUUCUGGGGGAAAAAAAGUCUGUGUAUAAUAUGCUGUACGCCAGAAAUAACGUGUUCACGUUUAGCUACCAGCUAAAAAUGCACAAGGGAUAUACAGUUCUUUCGAAAUCUUUUUAGGCGAUUCUCAAGCAAAAAACGUCUAUCCUAAUCAUACCUUUCCCCCACUACCCCCAACAAGCUAAGCACUUCGGCAGGCGGGGCCCGACCUGGGCAACCAGGAAGGAGGAAGGGAAAGUGGGGGAAGGGGCAGGGGAAAGUGAGGGAGCAGCGAGAGCCGGAAGUGGGUGGCUAGCGAGGAAUCCAGAGGGGCCCUGUCCGGCGGCGCUCUAGCCUCCGCACGCCGUCUCUAUGCUCCCCCGCGUCUUGUCUAUUUAUUGUCGCGGGGAAGCGGCGGCCGCCCUGUACCCGGAACAACAAAGCACGAAAGACUGAGCCCGGGCCUUGGGGGCUCCUAGCAACGGGCCGGGGCGGGAGUUCCAUGGAGACUGGGGAGCGCGCCCGCCUCAUCAUCAUCCUUGUCCUCCAGCUUAUCCUUCGCGUCCGCCGCAACCGGCAGCAGCGCUGCCGCCGCGUCCUCUGCCGCCGCCCACUCUUCCCACGGAUGUGAACUUCGUGGUGGGAAGCUAAGUUUUUAAACUACCCCAAUGGAUGCUGACAGUGAUGUUGCAUUGGACAUUCUAAUUACAAAUGUAGUCUGUGUUUUUAGAACAAGAUGCCAUUUGAACUUAAGGAAGAUUGCUUUGGAGGGAGCAAAUGUAAUUUAUAAGCGUGAUGUUGGAAAAGUAUUAAUGAAGCUUAGAAAACCUAGAAUUACAGCUACAAUUUGGUCCUCAGGAAAAAUUAUUUGCACUGGAGCAACAAGUGAAGAAGAAGCUAAAUUUGGUGCCAGGCGUUUAGCCCGCAGUCUCCAGAAACUAGGAUUUCAGGUAAUAUUUACAGAUUUUAAGGUUGUUAAUGUUUUGGCCGUGUGUAACAUGCCAUUUGAAAUCCGUUUGCCAGAGUUCACAAAGAACAAUAGACCUCAUGCCAGUUACGAACCUGAACUUCAUCCUGCUGUGUGCUACCGGAUAAAAUCUCUGAGAGCUACAUUGCAGAUUUUUUCAACGGGAAGUAUCACAGUAACAGGGCCCAAUGUAAAGGCUGUUGCUACUGCUGUGGAGCAGAUUUACCCGUUUGUGUUCGAAAGCAGGAAAGAAAUUUUAUAAUUCAUCACUUAAUUGGUUAGAACCCCUAACUGAGCACCUUUGAAAACCUGCUGCACAUUGGACUCAAAACAAAAGGAAAACUGGACCAACAGUAAUUGAGGAAAUAGACUCUUUUAUUCAUUCACGGCUACAGUGUAAGCUCCAGUCUCUUUGGAUCUUAUUUCAAACCUUGCUGUAAUAUAAAAAGGAAGUUUACAAGACAUGACAUUGCUGCUUUUACAAAUGGACAUUCUAUUUAUUUUCGCAGUAAUUUUCAUGUCCCCAUAAGCAGAGCUGUCACAGUGUGCACUACCUUAAAUUGUUGUGUUGUUGUCAUUAUUUUUUUCCAGUUUGAGCUAAUGUUUUAUUUGUGAAUAGUCUUUUACAUUUUUGUAUGCUGAAUAUGGGCACCAAAGAACCUGUAAAAGUUAUCUUUUUCAAUUGAAUGUGCACAAAUAAAAGUUUGGAAAAGA